UUCUGCUGAUACUGCAGCGUCAAGAAAUGGCUCGAGUUUGCUCCUUGCUCUUAUGCAUUCAGCAGCCCUCUCGCUCCUGCCACACGAGUCCAGCGCCUGCCUCCUGCUGCUGCUGCUGCCGGGACGAGCCAAGACCGACUCUGGGGAUGCGGCUGCAGGACUGCGGCUCUCUCACAUUUCUUCAGCCGCCGCUGCCCAGCGCCCGGCUCCUCUUCCAGCUCUCUUAAGGGAAGAGAGCAGGAGAGCCAGCAGCUAUCUAGGACUUCUUGAUUUUAUUUACUAACUCAAGCCUUUUGACAAAGUGUCUCGCAGGCAACCCUGUAAAGCGAUUGCUGUAUUAUGAAGAGGGGCACAAGAAGAGGAGGAGGGUUGAGUUUGCCGCUGCGGUUUUUGUUUUGAUUUGGGUUUUUUGGAUGCUGCUGCAAGGCGACUUGACGCAUUCCAGCACUGGCUCCUACUCCUAACUAGCGCAUCGCACUCGGAGCAGCAGCCGCAGAGAUGGUCCAGUCAGCGAGAAAAGUGGACGGAUCGAGUUAAAGGCAAAAGGAGACGGCUGGGGAGGGGACCUCAGCCUGGGGGUGCACUCCAUAGACCAUCAGCCUCCUGGCUUGGGGGCAGGACCCCUCACCUUACCUGCCCUCUUCCCCCCCUAAAGGUACUUCUUCCUUCUUUCUUCACUCUCCCAUUAUCCCUGAUGCCUCUCCCUUCGUCCCACCUCUCCUUUCCCCUUUUGGCUAUUUCCAUUCUUUAGGCUCCUCAUCCAUUCCUUACGCUCUCCGUCCCAACUCAUCAUUCCUCCCUGCAGACUCUGAGCCUCCCCCCAUCCCCUCCCCUGGACUGCCCUGGGGGGCUGUCUGCUCUCCUCCCCUCUCUUCCUCCCUCUCUAGUCCCUCUUCUCUCCCUUCUCCUUGCCUGCCCCUGGGUCCCCCUUCCUGUGUGCCACCAUGACCGUGAUGGCUGGAGAGAACAUGGAUGAGACUUCUGCGCUACCUGGCCACCCCCAGGAUAGCUAUCAGCCCGCUGCCCACGAUGACCAUGAGUGCUGUGAGCGCGUAGUGAUAAACAUUGCUGGACUACGCUUUGAGACACAACUGAAGACCUUAGCCCAGUUCCCCAACACUCUGCUGGGCAACCCUAAGAAGCGCAUGCGGUACUUUGACCCCUUGCGCAAUGAGUACUUCUUUGACCGGAAUCGGCCCAGCUUUGAUGCCAUCCUCUACUACUAUCAGUCUGGAGGGCGGCUCCGCCGGCCGGUCAAUGUGCCCUUGGACAUGUUCUCUGAGGAGAUCAAAUUUUAUGAGCUGGGUGAGGAGGCCAUGGAGAAGUUCAGGGAAGAUGAAGGAUUCAUCAAAGAUGAGGAGAGACCCUUGCCGGAGGGGGAGUACCAGCGCCAAGUAUGGCUCCUCUUUGAAUACCCAGAGAGCUCUGGGCCGGCAAGGGUCAUUGCAAUAGUCUCUGUCAUGGUGAUCCUCAUCUCCAUCGUGAUCUUCUGCCUAGAGACAUUACCUGAGCUGAAGGAAGACAAGGAAUACACAGUGCAUCGCACUGACAACACCACGCAGGUCUACAAAUCCAACAUCUUCACAGAUCCCUUCUUUGUUGUGGAGACCCUGUGCAUCAUCUGGUUCUCAUUUGAGCUGGUGGUGCGCUUCUUUGCUUGCCCCAGCAAAACUGAAUUCUUCAAGAAUAUCAUGAACUUCAUUGACAUUGUGGCCAUCAUUCCUUACUUCAUCACCCUGGGCACCGAGAUGGCCGAGCAGGAGGGGACUCAGAAAGGAGAGCAGGCCACCUCCUUGGCCAUCCUGAGAGUCAUCAGACUGGUAAGAGUCUUUCGAAUCCUCAAACUCUCCCGGCACUCUAAGGGUCUCCAGAUUUUGGGACAAACCCUCAAAGCAAGUAUGAGAGAGCUAGGUUUACUGAUCUUCUUCCUCUUCAUUGGGGUGAUUUUGUUCUCUAGUGCGGUAUAUUUUGCUGAGGCUGAAGAACCUGAGUCUCAUUUCUCCAGCAUCCCUGAUGCUUUCUGGUGGGCGGUGGUAUCCAUGACCACUGUGGGCUAUGGUGACAUGUACCCUGUGACAAUUGGAGGCAAAAUCGUAGGCUCCUUGUGUGCCAUCGCUGGUGUGCUGACAAUUGCCCUGCCCGUACCUGUCAUCGUGUCCAACUUCAACUACUUCUACCACCGAGAAACAGAAGGGGAAGAACAGGCUCAGUUACUUCAUGUUAGCUCCCCUAAUUUAGCAUCUGACAGUGAUCUCAGUCGCCGCAGCUCCUCCACAAUCAGCAAAUCUGAGUACAUGGAAAUCGAAGAGGAUAUGAAUAAUAGCAUAGACAAUUUUAGAGAGGCUAAUCUCAGAACUGGCAACUGCACUGUAGCCAACCAAAACUGUGUUAAUAAAAGCAAGCUGCUGACUGAUGUGUAAACAAAAAAACCCCAACCAAAUCCCCAUUCACAGCUUGAAGACUUUAGUGACACAGUCACACUUUGUAGAUGCUUUACUGAUAGUCUUUGAAUGCUUUAUUUACCUCCUAAAUGCAUUGUUGCAUUGCGAAUUUUUGCUCAGCGAUAAAGAAGCUUCCAGGAUCCAUGAAAGAUAAGAUUUUGUUUAUUUUUAAAAAGCAUUUUCCACCCGGUAAAUUAUAACCAUUUGAACUAGUUUAGUUUUAAGCUGUAUGAUGCUAGACCUAAAUGUUUCCUCUCCCAUCUCUUUUCAUUUUUUAGUUUGAUACAGUUAACUUAAACUAAGCAAGACAGUUUUUAGAGCUAUAACGCAUAUGCAUGGAUUCCAGUAAAAAUAUUCUGCAAAACUGCACAGUUGCAAGAAAGUGCAUCAGACAAUGAAAAAGAUUAGCAAAACCUGCAGCAAGCGUUUGUCAUGGUUUUUAUGAAGGAGCGCAAAUCUUCCUUCUGCCCCCUGUGUGAAAGAUUACAUACUUCCAGUCUACCUUAUUACAAACAUACUUAAGCCUGGUCUCUUUUGCUCUCCAUAGAAGAACUAAUCUGAAAGGAAAAUAACGAACAAAACUGAAGACAAAACAUCUGCAAUGCUGCUAAGUUCUCUUAUGUGCAGAUGAUCUAAACAUACUUUUCCUUUUCCCUGUCCAGAACUGGAUACAAAACUUUAAGCCCUCUGUUGCAAGAUAGCACAAUGGAGUUUAAUAGAAGCAUGUUUGAAUUUGAUACUAUUUAUUUUAUAAUAGCAUGCUUGAAAGAUUACCUCAGACAGUAGCGGAUAAGCUUUCGUUUGAACUGAAUCUUCUAAAAAUAGGUCCUUUAUCUCUCUUUUUUCUUUCCUUUUGUUUUUUUUUCUUUUUCUUUUUGAUUUGCAUUCACCAGAAGUGCACUCCUUAAUUUAUUAAAUCGUUGACUAGUAAUUUAAAGUACUGUAUUUAAAUGCAUAUGUUAGUCAAAUGGGAACAAUAACUUUUGGAGAUCAAAGCAUGUUCAAAUAUUCAGCAUUAUGGCCUAUUUGAUUAAGGUGUAACUUGAAUUAAUUAAUGCAUGAAUUCAAUAAUAAUAAUAACAAUAAUAAUAACAAAAAAAAAAAAAGUGCUUGAUAGACCGAAGGCCUGAAUGAACUGAUUAGAGAAACCUGAUUGUUUUCCUGCAUUGCUCAGGGAAACGUGUUGGCUUUUGUCCAGGCAUUGUCGGAAAGGAAGAUAUCCCAUCCCUUAAAGGGAAAGCUAUAUGGAAAAUUAAGAAGUCAAGUUAUAUAUAACAACACCUAAAACCUAGUAUCCUUUAUAGUUGAAAGGUGCAGAUGCAUGCUUUUUGGAGCAUUCUCAGAAUGUAAAUGAAAAAUAUUUAUUAUAUGCAUCCAAAUUGCAGCAGCUGGUUUCUUUUGCAGUCAUUGGUUGAGACUUUUUUGUAUUCCCCUAAAACUCACCGAAGAGACUCAACAGAUUGAUAUAGGUAGUUGCGCAGUGCCUUUACCUUACAUCCCCUAAAUUGCUGAAAGUGCCUCCAGGAACUGAGCUGGUCAGAGAUAGCAAAGGAAAGGGUUAAAAGGCACCAACACAAGCACUGGAGUGUUCUGUGCUGCCUCCUGGCACUGCACAGGACAGGAUAGAGAAAGAAAGAGCAAGAGUGAGGGAGAGGGAUGCAGGAGCAGAGGGCAGAGACCAUCAGCGCCCAUGGGAUACCUUCCUUCCCCAGCCAGUCUGAUAUUGCAGGGCUCAGCAUUUGCUUCUGCCAAAUAACUCAUAGUUGUGUUUAUGCAAGACUUUGAGUUCCCCAAGGUUGUUUAUAGAGACAUAGCUGCCAUCAUUGUAUCUGCCCUUCCUUUCCCUGAGAUGGCUUUUUGGCAGCCUGUCCCAGCUUGGGAGAGGCUGCAGGAUGCAGAAGGUACUAGGGCUCAGCAUGAACUGCGACAUCACCCAGUCAGGCAACCAGACUGCAGGGCUGUGCUUUUCUUUCCCUUGGAUUCCCCAGCAUGUAGGUGGGAGAGGCUUUCCAGUGCCCUCCCAUACUUGCCUCCUCCAUCCUCUUUCGUCAGUCCAUCAGAUCUUAAAUCCCAUCAGAGCUCCUUUAAACCAUGUUCUUCUUUCUGGUCACUAAACUUACUUUACUUCUACCAUCAUCUGGUGAAGGAAUCCACUCUAGGAGAAGGUAUCUUCUGCAGUAUGCCAUCCUUGACUGCUAGGCCCUGGAAGAUAAUAAUCUUUGAUCUGAACUAAUGUAGGCACUAAUCUUUAUUUUUUAAAUGGACAAAGUUGAGGAUCUUCAUUCUGCACAUAGCAUGUGGCCAACUACUGUGGAACACUUCUCCUUCCACAUUGUACAGAUCCUUUCUUCCCCUAUCUUUCUGAUAUAUAUAUGUGUAUAAAUAAAUAUAUAUGUAUGGUUAUGCAUGUGUGUCACACACAUGUGCAGACACAUAUAUAUAAAAUCAAGGCACUUAGAGUUAAAAACUGACCCUAACUCUGCAGUUACGCACAAGCUUGACCUGCCAGAUUUUCAGAAAGACUUGACUUUAUUUCUCACUGUGUGGCUUCUGUGAAUCUUAAUGAUGAGAAAACAAUCAAGAACUGAGGGAGCUUUUAACUCCCGCAAGAAAUGCAAAGCAUCAAAUAAAACAGGGCAUUACAUCCUCCAGGUAGAUGUUGUAAAGCUUUCUUCCUGUCCCCUGCUCACACCCCUGCCCAUUGUGCACCUCUCUCCAUUAAAUUCUGGUGGUCCUGAUCCUCCCAAACUUGAAUUCUAGGAUAUGACUUCUCAUGUCAAAACAGACUUGAAUGCUGCACUCAGCUUAUAAAACAACCAACUGACUAAACUAAACAGCAAUAAUCUAUUCAGUGCUGUGGGACUGAUGGUCAGAAAUUAGCAUCUGGGAGAUAAGGCCUCAUUUUGGUAACAACUUCUGCCACAGUUGGGCAGGGACAUCUUAGUUUAAUGAACAGAAUGAUAAUCAUUCUGCAUCUGUAAAGAGAAAAGUGCUGCAUGCAGCAAUUAACCUCAUGUAGCAUAGGCAUGUCUUUUCGACAAGUUUGACACAAGAAGAUAACAACAAAAGCUCUUACUCCGUUUACGCAGGAGUGCUGAAAUGUCUUUGUGGGCCUGAAGGUGCACUUAACUGUCUGUUCUUACCAGUUUGCAUCCUUUUCUUUUUAUUUCUUUCUUCCUUUUUUUUUUUUUUUUUAACCCCCUUCUUUUACUUUUUUCCACCCCAUUUUGGCAUAUGUUUCUUUUUGCCACACAUGAGCUCUAUGGGGUUGUUUAUGUCAGUGGACAAGCACUGGAAAUAAGCUGAUGGCCAAUUUAGUGCAUCUCUGAAAGAGUCAAGAGACCUUCAUUCAUUUGGUAGGGAGCUCCCAGAAGCCAUGCCAUUGCUAUGCUGGACAGAGAAACCAGUGGAUAUGGCAGUCUUAGCUGGGCUGUGGUUUGAUGAGGCAAGGCAGCUUUUCCAGCAUAAGGAGUCACUACCUAAGCCUCCUUUACCAGCCACUGCUCUAUGCCUCUUCUGCUUUUUAGUUGCCCCAAUACAGCUUUUUCCUCACCCACACAGUGAAAAGGAUGAGGGAACUUAUCUGGCAUGAGCAAGGCAGCAGUGCACUGCAGUGCAGAGGCAGGAAUGAAAUGGAGAGGCAGUGGGCGGGAAUCCCAUAGGCUGGUAUCACUGCCAGAAUUCCCCAUCUGGUCCUACCAUACUUAGCUACAGAGCACUAGAGAACAGGCAGAGGAGCAAGGGGGAGAGUGGAAAUGAAAGGCUCUGUAGCCCCUUCCAUCACUGAACUAUGAGGUUGCUACCUGACUGCCAAGAGAUCAAAUCCUCUGUGCGGCAGGUUCAGCAGAGACAACAAAAUGGAUUUACUUGUCUUCACAGGGAAGUUAGCGUGCAGUAAGCCAGGGUGUGAGUUCACAGCAUACUAGCAAACCCAUGCAGAUUCCCUUGCAUGGAGUCUCUUAAGCCUUAUCUCCACUGGGGACUUCAGGAAAGCUAAUGUGAAUUAAUGAAAGGUGUGCAUUUAAAGUAGAUUUGUUAAACUGUUUUAAAGCCCAGCAUGGACAUUCUGUUGCAGAAUAAAAGCAACCUUAAUCUGAUUCAGAGUCAUUCUUUUUGGAAGGAAAGUAAGAUGAAUUAAAUUAAGGCUGCUUUAAUUCUGAACACAAUGGGGCUUAAUGCAGUUUACCUCAUCUGCCUCACAAGUUCAUUCAGAUAGAUAAGCCUUUAGUAAUCAUUAAAUGUAAUGGAACUGACCCUACUUUGCAGGGGGUGGCUGGGCAGAGCUUGGCCAUGUGCCUCUAAACUCUUAGUAUGUGAGUGCUGGAGAUUCACAGCCUGGCUUACUGAGAACUAACAUGGUAACAAUUCUAGUGAUUUCCUUCCUUUGUUCAUGGUUUACACAUUUGUAGGUGUGAGGAAAGUCAAUCAUGCUGCCUUCUGAGAAGUUGACAAUGAUCAUGGCCCCAAAAAAUUAAUUUCCACUUACAAAGUCUCUAACUGCACAUGCUUAACCUGGCGUACUGUUGAUUAUGUGGACAAGCACUUGAAAGACAGUACAAAGCACUAGAGACAGGACAAAAUUGAGCAAAAGUACUUGUUUUCAGCAGCCACUUCACCCAAGUAGAGAUUUCAGGCAUUUCUUAGCAAAUCAGCUAUGCACCAUUCAUUAGAGGCUGCAUUGGUCCAAAUCAAUAAUUGGAGCAGUGGCAACUUUUAUUGACACAUUUUUUACUAAGAGACAAUUGUUUUCAUUAGACAGAAGUACAGAAAGUUUGUUUCUAUUAUAAGAGAGCUGAAGCCCAUGUAUAACAUAAAAACCUGCUUAUUUUAAAGUAUUUUUAAAGGAACUGAGGGCAAGUUUCACUUUUCCAUAGUUCUCACUUGGGCAGUGCAGUUUUUCAUUUACACACAUUAACCAAAAUAAACACUAGGACAGGAACAUCUGAAAUUUAUUAGGAAAAGGCAGAAAGUUGUAUUUUAGAAUAAGAUCUUCUGCAUACAUAUGUAACAUAUGGAGAGAAUAAAUUCCUCUCCAAAUAUUAGCUGGAUAACUGCUUUUAGAGGGGUGCCAUUCUGGAUUAAUUAAUUUCCCCUAACAUAAAGAAGAGGGAAGUACUGCAGUUUUUCCGGGAAUGGUCUGAUCCUGUAGGCUUCCAGCAGCCUGAUGGCACUGAUCAUCAGACUGAUUUCAGACUCACAGGAAUGCAGAAUGAGCUCUAAAGUGUGAUUUACCCUCCACAGCCACAGAGCAGGAUGGAAUUGGAAAGCUGUCCUUGCAAUUGCACAACAUGGCAAGUUUGUUCCAGUCCUGCCUAUGGCAAGUCUGAAACAGGCUUCUCUUCUGAGAUGCUUUAACCAGGGACCUACAUUUCAAUUUUGGUUGAACUUAUUUCAGACUGAGUUUCUUCUUCUGUUUUCUGUUGUUCUGGCUUUACUUAAUCAGGUGUAGAGAAUUGAUUUUUUCCUGAAAUGCUUAUCAAGUAUUCUUAAAGGUGUCAGUAUUUGUAUCUGCAAAAAUGAAACUUCAGGGUGUUCUACCGUUUCACUCAGUACAAGUGAACUUGUCACCAGUGAGGUCAACAUUUUAUGUUGUCAAGGCAUAGCUUUGAUAUUUUUAAAGGAAAUGAAAUGAAACUGAGGUCUUAAUUGAAAUUUGUCUCAAAGUAUCUGUUAAUAUCUAUGUAAUUCUGUAUAUUUCACCUAUUCACAUGCUCUAGCAAAUGCCACUACAAGUUAUAAAACAAAAAAUCAUCUUCCAUUUCUAGUUUCUAUAAUAAAAUGAAGACGUUGCAUUCAGUUCCUUUAGGUGCAUCAGUCUUUGAUCCAUGUUAUUGUUUCAGUGACAUUUCUAUAAUGUAAUUGGGAUCAAAUGUAUAUUUUACUUUUGUACAAAAGUGAAAAUGAUAUUUUUAUGACUAAAUUCAGCAAACCCUUACCUAUAACCUGCUAAGAUGAAAUCUUUUUUUCCUUUCCUUUACAUGUAAACCAUUGUUUUUGCAGUAUGUCGGUUUGAAAUGAAUAAAUAACAGCUGUUGAUAGAACUGUAUAUGGCCUCUCAGACAUACCUCUGAUUUUAAAGAUCAAAUAUUACCAAUGUGAAAUAUAUAAACUGAAUCGUCUCCAUAUGAAAGUGCACCAUCAGGGCAGCAAACCAUUUAAGCUGACACAGCUGUACUUAUUUCCACCAUUUACAAAUCGCUUACACUUUGGGUCAAGUAUGUACUUCAUUGUCAUUACAGCUCAUUUUACUUCCAGUAGUGAAAUCAUUUGACUUACCUUUUUUAGAACCUCUAAUGUUAUGAGUUCUUGAACUAUUUGAAAUGCAUAGUUUUCAUCUAUGCAAUUUUACCUGCUUCUGUACUUGUUCAUCUGUUCAUACUUGGCAUCAAUUAAAGAUAAUUUUUAAGGAUCUUA